AGGAGUUCGUCCGCAUGAAUCUGCCAGCGCCAAGUCAUCCACAGCUUCUGCAAGUGCCCCUGUACCAAAGAAAAUGGAAGCAGAGAAAAUCAACAUGAUGGAGUUUUCUCAUAAAGGAGCGUUAGUCAUGCAAGACGUUAAAGGUGAAGUGAAACAUGCACUGGAUGACGUCAAAUCUGGAGAGAUAGUCAGAGUUCAGUACGAUACUGGGCAGAAUGAAAUAGUGACCAUAGGAUCAGACGUGGAUAUCAUCAAGGAUAUAACUGGCACUGGUACCGAAGGAGCUGUAGCAGAAAACUCGGACAAGAAAACGAAAACAAAAUCUACCAAAGAGUAAUUCAAGAUGCAAAAAAGCAUAUUAAAAAAUUACCAGUUGAUGUGCAUUAGUUUUCAAUGUGUAUCUCGUUAUCAGCACAUUCUAAUUUUAUAGCAAGUAACUCAUAACAAC